AAAUGAACUACUUUGGUACCGCGGAACAUGCUGGAACACAUCUAGAUUCACCUGCACAUUUCUACAAAGAUAGAAACCGAACCCACAACGUUCCGCUAGAAAAUCUGAUUGGUCCGGGAGUAAUAAUUAACGUCAAAAAUAAAGCUGCGAUGAAUGCCGAUUAUCAAGUAUCGAUUGAUGAUUUAAAACAAUGGGAAAGCAUGUACGACAAAAUUCCGGAAAACGCAAUUAUCAUUAUGAAUUCAGGCUGGCACGAGCAUUACCCGAACGCAUCCCUUGUGUUUAAUACGGACAGUCUUACUGAUUCAAGUACAUUUCACUUCCCCUGCUGGCAUGAAGAUACCAUCGAAUGGCUUAUCAGUGAACGUUCAGUGAAUGUCGUUGGUGUUGAUACGCCGUCAACUGACUUUGGACAAACUCAAAACUUUGCAGUUCAUAUUAGCUUAGGAAAAGCCAAUAUUUCGGGAGCAGAAAAUGUUGCAAAUCUGGACGCUAUUCCAGAAUCUGGAAGUAUGAUUUUUGUAGCCGUGACCAAGAUAUACGAUGAAAGCGGAGGUCCUGCAAGAAUAUUUGCAACUAUUCCCAUGAAGGUUACAAGUUUUGGAUGGACAUUCGGACCUAGUUUUGUAUUGUUUUUGUCCGCUUUGUGCAUAUUUAUCCCAUUGAUAGCUUACCUGAGCCAAAGGGCCAGGUAAGCUUUUGCAAUCACUUUGCCGCGGCGUCCUUUAGUCAGUCGUUCGUAAAAUGUUAUUUAAAAAAUCUUCCACUCCGAAACCGCUCAGGAGAUUCAGUCGUCUUGAUGUACAUGAUAUCUACCAUAUAGAACACCCUACGCGACUACCAUGCUAAAUAUAACAUAUGGUUCAAACUGUAGUUUUGUCUAAUAUUUAGAAAACUAUGCUGCAUGCAGUCUG